GGCGCGGCAGUCUCAAUAGCGGCACGCUACGAUAUAGACGCGUGUAUCAGGAACGUUAGCAAUAACGGUUAUUCGUUGUUAAAUAUCCGAACGAUUGUGAACUUUAUCGUUCCUGUGUUAUUGUUGCAAAUCAGUGUACCGUGGAAUUCUUAUUUUCGGGUAAAUGGGACGCGUAAAAUGAGACCGGACCAAGUUCAUAAGUGAAGUGACAGUGUUGUGUAACGUAACGGUUGUAAAUAACGCGUUAAUAAGUGAUUAUCUGUUGAUGAGCCCGUAUAUAAUGUGAGACGGUUUUUGUGGUGAAGUGGUAAAAAUGCCGUCGGACAGUGGUUCUACGUGGUCGCCACCGGCGUCCAACAGUGAGAGGAGAUUGAGCAACUCUUCAGAUGGCAGCGCGGGCAGCGGUUAUUCUAAAGCUACAACAGACAGUGCGGAUUUCCUGGCAACUCGUCCGCACACGGCAGCGGUUAUUCCCGGCAAACCCGCCGGGAAUCCCCUCCAGUUUAUCCGGGUAGGCCCCGCGGACCUCGGCAGCCGGGCGCGGGAACAGCUCCGUCGAGCUGAACUUGCUAAACGCACCACAGAGCCCGCUCGCUUUGAGCGGCAAGAAGACUGGCAGUCGAACCUGGACAAUUGGAAAUCAUCACGCCGGAAGCGCGUCGAGCACAUAAUAGAGCGGUGUGUUGAGGUGCGACGUAUGGAGAACGAGCCCAGUCAACCACGCGCUAAAUCCAAAACCUUCAACGAGAUGCUGGAGGAACGAGCCGGCCGCAGACGGCGGAAUCUUGCCGUAUUCGCCGACGAUGACGCCCAUGACCUAAGUGACCUCGGUAUAGGCACUUCCAGCACAAAAAGCAGCUUGAGCGAGGACUGUGACACACACAGCUUGGCUAGCGACGGUAUCGACCUGGAUAAACACCAUUCAGAUGUCGACAAUAUGUCCAACUGUGACACCAACCGCAAAUUGUGCUCAAGCGCUAACGAAUACGACACUUGUACGACCACGACAAUCAGCUCUCCAGAACCCGAGGAGUACACAUACGAGGGUGCCAUUGAGGGCUACAAGUCGAGAAUCAUUUCACAAACUAACAGUAACAUCAUUAAAACAGUCGUAAAUAAUAAUUUCAAAGAAAAAUCACCGGAAAAAAUAAACAGCGAUCUAAACAGAAUCAGAACAUCGGUCAGUAAUAAAAUUGAAGAGAAAGUUUCAUCUUUCCAACAUGAAAGAGUUAAUGACGCCAAAAAUAAUAAUCAGAAAAAAGAUUUGCCUAAAGUUGAUAUAAACAAACGAAGAGAACAAUUUGAACGAGAGAAUUCACAGGAGUCACAAAUGAAUAAACCAAAAUUACCUGAUAUUACAAACAAAAAGUCAAUUAAAGAAAGACUGUCUAAUUUAGAAAAAUUCACAGAUGACAUUCAGAUUCAGAAAUCUACAAGCGACCUGAAUAAAUUACCUGUUGAAGUAAGGCCAUUAAAAGAACGUUUAUCCUCUCUUGAAAAAGUAAAAUCUGCAUCCACAGAGCCCGAAAAACUCAAAAGAUUAUCUAAUGGUGAUCUUACAAAUACAAAAUCAUUAAAAGAACGUUUAUCAACUUUUAAGUCGCAAAAUUCGGAAGAAGAAAAAGUAAUUAAAACCGAGGUAAAACAAGUGUCAAUGAGUAUAAAAGAGCGUUUAUCAUGUCUUGAUGCAGCCAAAAAUAAGGAAAUUCCUAAAAUAUCUGUUGAAGAAGAACUUGCUAAUCAUGACACACGAGAUAUUAUUCCAAAAGAUCAGGUAUCAGAUAGUUCUCUGAAAUCAAGCUUAUCUGGAAUAGAGAGCCAAAUGCAAAGUUUUUGUCGAUCUCUAGAUAGCUUAGAUAUUAAUGGACAGUCUUCGCCAAAUUCUUUUGAAAGAGUUCAAAGUUUAGAAGAUUUCGAUUGUGCUGAAAUGCAAAAUAACACUAUUCCAAGUGACAUUGAAACAGAAGAUAGCGGUAUCCAUACGGCAAGAGAUUCUUGCGUUCCAGCAGAUGACAUCGCUGAUUUAACUCAAGUAGCUUCGCCAAUUGAAGAGCCUAUGAUAUCUGAAUACGAAUCAUCAAAUGAGGAUGGAGCACUAACAUUAGAGCCUCAUAAAACAGAGGAUCCCAAAAUUAUUCCUCAACAAACUCAAACCAUUAUAGAAGAUAUAAUCAUUGAGGAAGUUGAAGAACAAGACCAAGAUAGUAAAGUUGAAGACACUGAUAGUGGAAGUAACUAUAUACAAGCGCUUUCUCAACCAGAGGAACUCAGUGUCACUGAAGAAGUAACAGAGAUUCAAAUGGACAAAGAAGAUGAAGAUACCCUCAAAAGUUUGGAUAAUCAAGAUAUCAGUGUAAGUUUGACUGAUCCUGUGUCUACUGCUUCGGAAGGCGACACGGUAGUUUUUGAAGGGAAAAUGACUAUACAUUUAAACUUGAAUGAAAUUUGCAACAAAAUGAACGCUGGUGCUGGGAACAAUUCUAACAGUAAUGAAAUAAGCACUACUAAUAUUUCUACUAAUAGCAAGAGCAUGCCAAUGGUAACUGACGCAUUAGAAUUAGCGUUCAAAGAAUUAGACUCGGAAGAAAAUUUUUAUAACAACAGCAAUAUGGAAGUCGAGAAUAGAAAUAACAUCUCUGAAAAAGUGUCAGAUAAAGUUGAUCCAAUGUUUGAUUUUGAUAGUGAUAAAAAAAUAUCUGUUGCACCAUUAUAUGAAAAUAUAGAUAUAUUUUACCAGAACAAUGUUGAUGAUGGAGCAUUCCCGUUAGAUCUAGCUACUAAUGCUAUGGAACCGCCGAAAGAAAAACCGCCUCCUCCACCCACCGAAGAUAACACAGAAGAUGAAUUACUUGGCAACGGGAACUUCAAACACACCAGCUCAGCGCGUCGCAUCAAAAAGGAGAUUAGGAAUAAGCGCACCAGCUUUUUAGGCAUCGAAGGCCAAGACGACAGUUACUUAGAUGUCGAUUUAACGUUAGCACCGCGACCAGACAUAACAUCGUUCCUACAAGAAGAGACGAAAAUAGAGAAGCUCCUUUAUAAGAAAACUCUUUCGCAUGAUAUGGAUGAAAAGUUGAGACAAAGUAGGGACUCUGGUGUCGAUAUUGAUAGAGGCCCCUCGGCUGAAGCUUGGUACAAGGGGCAGUCUUCUCCUGAGACUUCAAACCCUCAUAGCAGACAAAAUAGCGAGCCCUACACACACGUAACAGUGACAUCAGACGAAGAGGAACAAAUUAAGAAACAAGAAAAGAAUUUCACGACUAAUUUAAAUUCUAAGCUAACAGAACUAACCGUAUCACAAGAGUCUGACGUUAGCAAAAUAGAUAAAUUGGACAAAAAACUACAACAGCAACAGGCGUGUCGCACUAACGCGGAUUGGCCAGACGGGAACACUGAUGAUUCUCAUACAAAGGAAGUGCUACGUUUCGAAAGAGAACUGCUGCAACUUGAGCAGGAAGAACUUAGGAGGCAAAGGGAAAACUUGCUACGAGAUCAAAACAGGAUAAUACAGAAGUCUGUACAAGAUGUAUCAAUUGUGUCCAAUGCACCAGAGAAACCGCCAUUACACAGUCGACCAAACAAAGCUGAUAGUGGGAAUUACAGACAUUCAAUGCCAAAUCUGUUGAUCAAAGAAAAUUACACACCAGUAGCACCAACAAUCCCUGAGAGGCCGGUAUUCGAUGAAAACAUGAAACGGAAGCCUUUCGUGUCUGAGGAGCAUAUUCAAAGGCAUUUCGGUGUUGAGGAGAGCCGGAAGGUGUUAUAUGAGGAUAGAGGAAAAGUGAAUGAAGUGCAGAGGCCAGUACCGUCAGUGAGACCAACGCAGCCUGUGCUACCUCCAAAACCAAGGAGUCGGGAGUCAAUUGAAAGAGAAAUUACUAUGAGGAGUAGCCGCGUACCAUCAGCGGGGGAGUAUGCCAACGUGGACCGCACUACAGUCCAGCUGAGGCCCAAACCUGUUGCCAACGGAAGUACACCGUACCAAUCCAUGACCAGGCAUACCUUACAGGCACUAAGUGCGGCCCCCACACCGAAACUGAUCUCAAACGCGGAGUGGAUGCAAAACCGGCAGCAGCCACAGCGGAAACCAGCCAAUUAUAAUUACAACCAGCAUUGGCUAAUACAGGAAGCGGAACAACGCCGGAUAGAAGAACAAAGGAACAAACUCCGAGCAGCGCAGAGGCACUCCUAUCACCAGGAUAUGGCACCAGCACCAUUGCACAAUAUGAUGCAUUUAAGCUCCAGCCAACAACACCUGCCAGCGGACUUGAAGCGACCGGUGAGACCUCAACCACGACCCGAGCCUCGACCGGAGCCGCCCACCAGUAGGGAAGACAAGCUGCUCAGUGUCAGCGGGAAAAAGAAGUGUUCGCACUGUGGAGAGGAAUUAGGUCGCGGCGCGGCCAUGAUCAUCGAGUCGCUGUCGCUGUGCUACCACGUGUGGUGCUUCAACUGCGCCGUGUGCGGUGCGCGGCUCGGAGACGGGCGGGCGGGUGCAGAUGUACGUGUACGCGCGCGUCGCCUGCACUGCCACCACUGCUACUCCGGCGACGAUGGCCGCAACUACUCCUGCGUCUAGUGACCACCGGCCUAAGUACUGUCCAGCUACGACGGUAUCUAGUGUGCAACCGGCCUUAAUAUAACGGCGGCCGCAACGACUACUCUAGUGUGCAAACGGCCUAACUGCUGCCCACCGACAGCAUCUAGCGUGCGACCGGCCUAGGUGCUGUCUAGCGACCACGGCCGCAAUUACUCCUGGGUCUAGUGUGAAACCAGCUUAAGUACUGCCCUAUUACUCGAGCAAUGAGUGUGCAAAUGUAGUAUAUUCUACAAUAAACAACCACGCUCGCAAUUUUUAUAUAAACACUGUAUACUAUAACAUCGUAUAUGCUCGACAUCCUGUACUAUUACUUGUGCGCAAGGCCCACAAUUACUUUUGCGUUCAAUACAUUUUAUGUGGUCUGCUAACUACUUCAACAAUUCGAUUUGCAGUGGCGAUGUGCGGCAUGCCUGCUAAAUCUUUUUUCUCUCAAUGGCUCUCACUAUAUUGUUACUAUCCAUUCCUUAAAUUAACCUCCUAGUAAACACCCUAACUUACUAAAAAAAUAACCUUAAUGUGAUGAAAAGGAAGAAUAGCAACAUCUAUCUAUCGACUGAUACUUCAAAAGUAGAAUCAGUGGCAUAACUAUAUUAGAAACAGUGGCAUCUUAGACCUGCGAUAAACUACUGUGGCCCUUGCUUUGUAUAAAAAAACUCACAUUUUAAUUUCUUAACUCGAUUAAGAAAACAUUAUUUAAAUAAUAUAUUUAGAAACUAAUAUAUAUUAUUUUUUUCCUAUACUUACGGACUCUGU